AUCUCCAUUAACAUAACAUUCAUUCACCCUCAAGAUCCUUCCAGCUCUUCUCUCUCUGUCAUCUCACACUUCCUGUAGAACCAAGAAAACCCACAAAAGCAAACAAUCACUCUCCAAGAAACCAUAAGAUACCCCCUUACAACAAACAACCAAAAACUUCACCCCCAACACAAUCACAAACAACCCUUUUCUUCUUCCCCCAAAUCAUUCAAGAAUUCAACUUUAUCACUUGUUGAUGAACAUGAAGCUAUCUUCAUCUCAUCUGGAUAAUAUCCCAUCAACCCCUGGCAAAUUCAAGAUGGAAAAAGCUUCAUACUUUAACAGGUUCAGGUGGCACUAUUCAUCUCUAGCCAAACUCACAUUUUGGAGCUUUGUUUUCAUGGGAUUAAUACUUGUUUUCUUGAUCAAAUCACCACCCACUUCACCAACAACCUCUAUACCCUCAGAUCUCUCUCGCAGAUCCUUAAAAACCAAAUCUUGGGGCGGACCCGGAUGGGAAAAACGGGUCAAAUCAUCCGCCAAGAUCCGAUCCCCAAAUGGGUUAUCGGUUUUGGUCACCGGAGCUGCUGGGUUCGUUGGAACACACGUCAGCGCUGCCUUGAAACGCCGUGGGGAUGGUGUUUUAGGGCUUGAUAAUUUCAACAAUUAUUAUGAUCCAUCGUUGAAAAGGGCUAGACAAUCUUUGCUUGAAAGAAGUGGGAUUUUUAUUGUGGAAGGUGACAUAAACGACGCCGUGUUGCUCAAGAAACUUUUUGAGGUAGUCCCUUUUACUCAUGUGAUGCAUUUAGCAGCUCAGGCUGGUGUUAGGUAUGCAAUGGAGAACCCUAGUUCAUAUGUUCAUAGUAAUAUUGCCGGUUUGGUUAAUGUUCUUGAAGUUUGUAAAGAGGCUAAUCCACAGCCUGCUAUAGUUUGGGCUUCAUCUAGUUCUGUUUAUGGGUUGAAUACUAAGAUACCCUUUUCGGAAAAAGACCGAACGGAUCAACCUGCGAGUCUGUAUGCCGCCACGAAGAAAGCCGGUGAAGAGAUUGCACACACUUAUAAUCAUAUUUAUGGUUUGUCAUUGACCGGUUUGAGGUUCUUUACGGUUUAUGGACCGUGGGGGAGGCCAGAUAUGGCGUAUUUCUUUUUCACUAGAGAUAUUUUGAAAGGGAAGUCGAUUCCGAUCUUUGAGGGUGCGAAUCAUGGAACUGUGGCGCGUGAUUUUACGUACAUUGAUGAUAUUGUGAAAGGUUGUUUGGGUGCGUUGGAUACUGCGGAAAAGAGUACGGGAAGUGGUGGGAAGAAGAAAGGGAAUGCGCAAUUACGGGUGUUUAAUUUGGGGAAUACGUCGCCGGUUCCUGUGUCGGAUCUUGUGAGUAUUUUGGAACGGUUGUUGAAAGUGAAAGCGAAACGGAAGGUGAUGACAUUGCCGAGAAACGGUGACGUUCAGUUUACGCAUGCGAAUAUUAGUUAUGCGCAAAGGGAGUUUGGUUAUAAGCCGACGACAGAUCUUCAAACGGGGUUGAAGAAGUUUGUGAGGUGGUACGUUAGCUAUUAUGGUUCAGGGAAGAAGAACGAUCAUUGAGUGUUGUUACGCAAAGAUUUGGUAAAGUUAUUCUCAGAUUCUUGUUCAUUUUGUUAUUCACAUUAUUGUUUAUGUUCAUCUGGUGCAUAAUUAUCUUUGUUUUUAUAUAUCGUAAUAUGAUGAUAAGGACGGUUGAAAAACAAGAAAGAAAUCCCGCGAUGAAGAAUAGAUUUUUGUGAUAUGUACCGAAAGAUAUUAAGAUUAUGUGUUUUUGUACUUGUGGGAAUGUAAUUGUUGUAGAAUUCAUGACUGAGAAGAAAUUUGCUUUAUUUGGUUGAAUUUGUAUCAUUUUAUGGAAUUCAAAUAAAUAUAUAUCACAAUAGUUGACUUU